UCCCAUCGCUAUUGAGGGCAAAACAAUUUAUUUUCCACGUAUCAGAUUAUUAGGCCAAUUGGAUAAAAUAGGAUAAUAAAUAUAGAAGAUCCGGAAAGCCGGACCGACGAUUAAAGGAUGAGUGUUCUCGAGCAGUUGGGCGCCCUGGACAUCGGCACAAAUGGAGAGGUGGACGAGGCGCUGCAGCGAAUUGCCGAGGAAGAGGCGAAAGUCAACGAGAAGCUGGAGUCGCUGCUGGCCAAGCAGUGCCAGAUAGAGGCCAGAAUGAGUGGCAUCGGGAGAUCCCUGGCGCUGCUGCACACGGUGGACAGCGAUUCGAACAAGCUGAACGACCAGAUCGUAAACACCGCCCAGUUGGCCGAGUCCGUGAGCGCCAAGGUGCGCCGGCUGGACUUGGCCAGGUGCCGGGCCUCCGAGUGCCAGCAGCGAGUGCACGACCUGAUCGACCUGCACCUGUGCAGCCAGGGCGUGGUCAAGGCCAUCGGCGAGGAGGACUACGAGAAGAGCGCCACCCACAUUGCCCGUUUCCUGGCGAUGGAUCAGCAGCUCCUGCGGCGCACGGCCGACGAUGUUCAGGGCUCCAUAACGUCGGUGAGCGAUGCGGUCAAGACGCUGGAGGAUGCCACCGAGAAGACCCGUGUCCUCAUUGCCAAGCGCUUCGAUGAGGCGGUCAAGGCCGACGACUUGGCCUCCGUGGAGAGAUUCUUUAAGAUCUUUCCCCUUGUCGGCUGCCAUCGCACCGGAAUCGAGAAGUUUUCGGUCUACAUUUGCCAGAAGCUGGCGAACAAGGCGCAAAAGGAGCUGCGGAACGCCCAGGACAUAGCCAAGGCCGAAUCACGCCUGCAACUGGCCUACGCAGACCGAUUGACUGCCAUUCUGGAGAACUUUGCGCGGGUGGUGGAGGUCAAUCAGCCGAUAAUUGAAGCAUUUUACGGACAAGCAUCUUCGUCCCUCAUUGACAUGGUGGCCAUUCUGCAGCACGAGUGCGAUGCCGAGGUAAAGAACCUCCUGAUGGAGUUCAACAAGAACCGGCAGAUUCAGUACCGCAGCAAACAAGUCAAUGAAUCCACCCAGCGGUCGGCUGGAGGCGGAAGUGUCGGGAGCAACAGUAUUCAGGCUCUGGGGCAUUAUCGGAAACCAUCUGGCGGAUCGGUGGACAAGCUGAACCCGAAGGAAAUCGAUGCCAUUAUAGCUGAAAUAACCGUCAUGCACGCCCGAGUGGAGUUGUACUUCCGCUUUAUGCGACGACGCUUGCAGGUUCACGUUGAGAAGUGUGUGCCGGAAAAAGAGCAGGCGGAUAUAAUGGAACGCUACGAGAAGAUCAUGAAAAACUCAGACUUGCGUCGCCAAAUGCAAGAAAUUCUGAGCACUUACUUGCUAUUAGAAAGAUAUUUUAUGGAGGAAAGCGUUCUCAAAGCCAUCGGUCUGGACAAUUACGAAGCCGGACAGCAAUGUUCAUCGAUGGUGGACGAUGUGUUCUUCAUUCUGCGCAAAUCCAUUCGAAGAUCCUUGACAACGCAAUCGAUAAACGGAACCUGUGCUGUGAUCAACAACGUGGCUGCCUGCCUGGACGGUGAUUUUGUGUCUGCACUCAAGGCUCCCCUAAAAAGCGGAUACCCGUCGGGCUACAUCGACUUGGCCCAGGCAUACAAUGCCAUUCAAACGACCCUGCAGCAGGGAAAACUACAUUCCAGCGAUGCCGAUCGAGGUCGAGCCAACUUCCUGGUGCAGUUGAACAAUGCCGACAUAUCGACAGAGUAUAUUGAGACCCUGUGGCAGACUAUGGAACAGGAAAUUGCUGGCACAUUUCCACAGACGACGUCGGUGGAGCGUCAAUUGCUGGACAGCUGCCUGACGGAACUCAAGGCUGUGCGCGAUGCGUUGAAAGCCACCGUUGAUUUCGGAAUGCAGCAGCUGAGAUCCAGUGUCAUAAAGCCUCGCCUCAACCCCUGGAUUAACCAGUUCCUAAAUUACAGCCACAAUUUAAACGAGGAGGAGCUUGCUGCCUACGAGGCUGGGGAAACCUUUGUCCAGUUUUUCAUAGUCCAGUUGGAUGGGCUUCUGAACUCCUUCAAGAACUCACUGAGUCCGCGGAACUACGAUGCCCUCGUCAGCAUUCUUGCAACCGAAGUAACGAUGCAACUGGAGCGAGCUAUUAAAAAGAUCAGCUUCAACAGACUCGGUGGUCUGGUGCUCGAUCAGGAGGUCCGUGCCUUGGGUAGCUACCUAACUGGAGCCACAUCAUGGUCGGUGAGAGACAAGAUGACACGGAUCUCCCAAAUUGCCACCCUUCUAAAUCUGGAUAAGAUUUCGGAGCUCUCCGAGUACUGGAAUCCCGAGAAUAACAAGGAGAUGUCAACUUGGCACCUAACACCCAAUGAAGUUCGCACAUUUUUAACGCUAAGGAACGACUUUCGCAUAGAAGAUAUAAAGCGAUUACAGCUCUAGGUAAAGGUACUUCCUUCGUUUAUUUGCUCGAUGCUGACACAUUAUGGUUGGCACUAAACCAAUGAUUAAAAUCCAAUCGCAAAAGGAGUUGAGAAAGCGGACCCAAGCUAGAUGCUGAUUUAACGUCAACUAAUAGUUGGAUAAGGCUCGCAAUUUGAACACCAAAUCUGUAAAAAACAAAGUUUUAUUAUUACGUACAAUAAUUGGAGAAAUAAAUUAAUGAUUGACACAAUGAA